GCCGCCGCUCUCAGCCGCCUCUCUGCAUCCCCACCGAGCUGCAGUUUCCCACCCUCGUCCUCAGGCGGGCGCUGCUGCUCGGGGGCGCCGGCGUACGCGGGCCGGGUGAUGUGGGCAGGGACGUGCCGCGGCUGCAGGUGCUUCACGCCGUAGAUGAACGGUUCUUCAGGUAGGAUCACGGAGAAAGAUCCGAAUUUGCGUUGGGGAGCAUGUGGCAGUCGUAUCCGCGUCGUGGAACGUAACCUGGGCCAUAGGACGUGGGCUCUGAGCAUGUCACACUGUCAGGUCGGCGCUGAUUCGAAGUUCAGGUUGGCCGCAGGCAAGAUGGAUCACGAUCACGUGGGCGAGUCUUGUAUGAUGACAGACGUCUCGAAUGGUAAUCCCGACUUUUUGGUUGAAGCGAUUCAGUCCACUAUUUAUGCGCCUAUCACAUCCUGUUUCAAGCUGUUCAUGCACUGUCUCAGAGUCUCAGACAAAGACUCGUGAUCGGUCGCAAAUGUCUCCGUCUGUGUGGCUAGUACUCACGGCCCCUUUUAUUCAGGAUCCGCCCGUGUGUUGCAAUCAAUCUUUGACAAUUUCUCGAGUACUUAUCUUCGCGAAACAAGAAGCCAAGCGGGGGAGGCCCGUUGAACUCGGGCCACCAGAGGCCCGACCCCCACGGGCCUGGCCCGAGGAGCGGGCCUCUAUCGCGCGUGCCCUCCCAGUCAGUCAGCCGGCCUACCAAAACAAGGCCCAUCGUCUUGAGUCUCGCAGGUAUAUAAGAACACACACGAAUAUCGGAUGCGCAUAUUACAUCACCUACAACACCAUGUCCUCUGAGACCUUCACUGUGCUGAACGACACCCGCCCUGACGAUACCACGCUUCCUGCGUUCAUGGUCUCGACCACGCGCGGAUUUCUGCCCCGUGCGGAGCCAGUCGUCGACCUGCCGGUCGAGUUCGUCGCCCUCGAGUCGAUCCUGGCGCGCAUGCCGAUCCAGACGCUCGAUGGCUCGCCCGGACUGCUCGCGCGCGGCAUGCUCGGCGAGACUGUGCUGAACGAGCUUCCCGAUUUGACGUGGGCGGUCGAGAAGUAUGCAGCCAACCUGCCGCUGCAGAACGCGCUCUACAGGGACUACUCCUUCCUCGCUUCUGCUUAUCUGCUCGAGCCUUGCCACCUGCGGUUCGUCAAGGACGGUGAAUACGGGCUGGGGCGCGAGGUCCUGCCCAAGAACAUUGCCAUCCCCAUCUCCCGAUGUGCGGAAAUCGCUGGCUUCAAGCCGUUCAUGGAGUAUGCCGGCUCCUAUGCGUUGUUCAACUACCACCUCGUCGAUCCAACCAAGGGUCUCGAGUACUCCAAUCUCCGUCUCAUCCGCGCUUUCGAGCGCGGACUGGACCCGAUGUCUUCCGAGGCUGGUUUCGUGCUAGUCCACAUCGACAUGGUCCGCAACUCUGGUCCGCUCGUCGCCGGGGUGAUGAGCGCUCUCGACUCCUGCGCUGCGGACGACCGCGCUUCCUUCGUCGAGGGACUCGAGGAAGUUGUGCGAGCAAUGUCCGUGGUCAACAAAGUCAUGGACGAGAUGUGGGGCAAGUCCAAGGCGACCGAGUACACCUCCUUCCGCACAUUCAUUUUCGGCAUCACCUCGCAGUCCAUGUUCCCCAACGGCGUCAUCUAUGAAGGCGUCUCGGCCGAGCCCUUCUCGUUCCGCGGCGAGUCCGGCGCCAACGACAGCAUGAUCCCGCUCUGCGACAAUCUGCUGCAGAUCACGAUGCCGUCCACGCCGCUGACCGCCAUCCUGAAGGACUUCCGAGCGUACCGGCCCGGGAACCACCGCCAGUUCCUCGAGUACGUCCACGACCGCUCGCGCGCGCUCAACCUGAAGCACUACGCGCUCGCCCACCCAGAGUCCGCCGCGGCGUACCUGCGCAUUCUGGACCAGGUACGCGACUUCCGGUGGCGGCACUGGUGUUUCACGCGCGAGUACAUCCUCAAGAAGACGCUGCAUCCCACCGCGACCGGAGGCAGCCCGAUCGUGACCUGGCUGCCCAACCAGCUGCUCGCAGUCCUGAAUGAGAUGGAGGCCGUCUGGGACGGCGCGGGCCGCGAGCUGGAUGGCUGCGAGGAUCUCAUGGAGCGGGCGCUGGUGCAGAAGGAGACCCUUAAGAAGGAAGUCGACAAGUAUGUCAAGGACCGCGGGGUUUGAUUGUGUAGCAGAACCUGUGAUAAGUCAAUGAACUCAUUUCUCGUAAUUAUGGAUCUUUCCUCGGAGCGAACACAGCAAGGCUUGCAGGAGUCUUGUGCUCGCCAUUUCAAAAGAGGUUCUCGACUAAGGAACCGCCAUAUGGCCUUCACAAAUUCCGCAGGCUAUCAUACUCAUCGGAG